AUGUCCCUCCCUCCUCUCAGGGAGGGCCGGUGCUCAGGGUCCAGCAGGCCCCGUGUGCCCAGGAGAGCGACGAGGCCGACGUGGAGAGCCGCAGAGCUGGGUCCAGUUUUCCGAGCAGCUUGUCCCCCAGGUGCCCUGCAGAGGCUCCGGCUCCUGAACCUCUGCCCCACAGGCUCCUCCCAGUCCAGCUGGAGCCACGAAAAUCCCCUUGGUGACGGGGAGGCGGUGGACAGGUCAGACCCAGGUCCCAGCUCAGAGCAGGAGCAGAGAGCGAGGCUCGGCCUGGAGGGUAGGGGUCCCUGGCUCUUCCCCACCCUGGCCCGAGAACGUCAGAUCCAGGGUCCGGGACCCCCCAAACCUCCUCGGUCUGCUCGGGACCCGCCCACCUGCCCGACCAGCUGCGCAGCGCUCGGCCCGGCGCGCACCGUGGGAACGCCCCAGCUGGGCUGCACGGAGCCGUCAGGACAAGCUGCGCGGUUCCCAGCCUCCCUGCCUGCCCCCGCCGGGGCUCCGCCGUCUCCCAGCCGUCGCCCGGCAACCGCGGCCGAGGGGCCCGACGAGUGGGGCGAGGGGCCGCGGCCGGACUGCGGGGUCCUGAGAAAGGAGGGGUUGGGGACCCGGAUUCCUGGGUCUUAG